ACACAGACGGUGCUCCGUGCAAUUAUGGAAAUCCAUAUACCGCUUCGACGCAAGCUCCCGGUAUUCUUUCGAAUUAAUUAGCCGCUUAAUUGCCAUACGGCAGAGUUUCGAACCUGCGAAAGCUUUCGAGUGCAUCCGAUGGAAACGCGCGUAGCCUUUCGGUGACAAUACGCGCGAAUCCGCGGCCCGAUUCGAUUGCCCGCCGCGAAAAUUCCCCAAUGCGAAUACUCUCUGCGAUUUGAACCGUAUCGUCUCUCGAAUGGAACAGACCAACACGUUUCUUUACGCUCUUCUACCCGCGAAAUACGAUUCCUGAUGGUUACAAAAGCCUGCAAACCGUAUUGUUUCCGACGUUACGUGAAACCUCGACUGAUCUCUUUCGAGGAAAAAGCGAGAGACAAAAAGGGGGCAUUUUUAUAUGAAAGCAAAUAAAGGGAGGGGGUAGGAGAAUAUGCUCGCGUAGCUAUAGGCAGUCGGUGUCGAGCUCGUAAUAGAUCGAGAACGGUUCGAAACCGAUUGUCUGAAUACAAUCGUCUAAUGUAAGUCAAGUCGUGUAUUGUCCUCCUUCUAAUCAUAAUUGACGAUUACGCAAUGAUCGCUCGAAAAUAGGCGCCUAGACGACGCAGUACGCUGCGAUAGAUAGAGGAAAGUAAUAACGCUCGUCGUCCUCUGCAUUUAGGAAAUUGGGAUCACCCGUGUGCGGUUUUGCGCGGUUCAGGCCAGAGUCACGUCGUCGCGAGUGAAACCGCAGAAACGAGCACACGAACCGUAGAAACUACGCGCGACGAAAAAGGGAAGAAAAAGCUCGGAAAUGUGACGGAAAACAGGUUCCCUACGAAUAUGCAAAGUGCAAAGAACGCGCGAGGAGACAAACAUUUUUUACAAAGCGACGUGACCCGAGCAUGCUUUUUCUACCAGAAUCACGUCUAUAUAUUUCUACGCACUUUUUCCAUAUGUCUAUUCUGUAACGAUAUUUUCACGAGACGCGAGUGCGAUCGAGAUCGACGGAUUACGCGGUAAAGGAGAGAUCGAGGGGAGCCGAUGACCUGGUCCGAUCGGACGAAUUUCCGCGGCGAGACGUCAGAUGCGUCCGUGUCGAGGGAUAAACAGCGAUUCUAGUGGAAUGAAUGAACGUGACCCGUGGAGUUUUUGUGCGGAUGUGACGAGCAGACGCACGUGCUUCGUGAAUCGACGAAGAUUUGCGAUGGCCGGAAUGGUCGCGCGUGCCAAACGCUUGGAAGAAUCAACCGUUAUGACGUGAUACAGCAGCGAGAGGACUUUAGGUAGAAGUAGCUCACGAAGAUUCCACGACUAUUUUAAGAACCUCGACGAGCAUAGCUUCUGAGAGAAAAGUAGAAACAGACGCGUCGCGAGACACAUAUCUCUGAUAGUCGAUGAUAGCAUAGCGAGGCAAAGAUCGCAUGGAAGAAAUGACAAUCUCCACCUGACAGCCUUUCAAUUUUUUACCAUUUUUCGUGACCGAUAAGUGUGAUCGUUUGUGAAACGGUAGAGAUCGAGAGAUCGAUAAGUGAUACCGAGUACGCAGAGAUAGAGAGGGAGAGAGAGAGAGAGAGAGAGAGAGAAAGAGAGAAGCAUGGAGAGAAGACCGAAAAUCGAGAUAGUCCGCGUGCCUUCGAAGGAGCGCGGUAACUUCCGGUCCCUAGACGGUGUCCGUGGCAAUUACAGCCACAUUCGCGUAGGCACCUUCUGCCCGGAUCCGGAAGUCAAAGUGGUAGUUUGCGACAGCAAACCGCCUCUCGAGCAAACUCGCAAAUUCAAAAAGAACUUGGGACCAGUUUCGAAGCUGCUCAGACGGCGUCAUCACGCGACAUAUCUUGCUACGAAAUCCUGUGAUAAUAUAUAUAGCGUGAAUAGAAGUAGCAACUCCUUAGAUUGGAGGGUUAAUCAAGCGACGAACGAGCAAGGCUUUCAAUCUCGACAAAGCAGUAGCCUAGAUUGGCGAGUAGGAAGAUCCAUCAACAAACUGCACUGGAAGGACACUACCCGUAGCGCGGAACAGCUUUCUAGAAGCGGAGCAAUCAGUUCAGACCACCUCCAAACACCCAGUACAAAGUCGAAACUCAUUUCGCUAUUACGACGCCUCUCCCCUCGCCUCUCCCGGCCGGGGAGCAAAAAUUCUCUGCAAGCUUCGCCCACUAUUUGCCCCUGGGUGCAGGUAGAGUACUCCUCAGACUCGAUUAACGAUGGAUUGCGCGAGGAUUCGCAGGAAAGCGACGCGAGCUUCCAGAGGGAACUGCAGCUGAACGAACUUCGGAAACGCAUGGCUGGAAUCCCUACCACUUCUCAGGUCACCGCGAAGAUCGUUAAGGAUGGCAAGGAACAAAGCUCCUCACAGAUCGAGAUACAAGUGCAGCAACUGGCAAACGAUUAUACUAACGCCUCAAACUCUGUGCACGAGGACCGCGGGGAGGAGGAUCGUCGACGAGCUAGCGGGCAAACACGUGGCGGCGGCGAGGUAGCGGGCCUGGAGGACGCCGGCGAUUGCUGCGCCGCGACGCUGACGCCGUCGGUCCCAGGCGCCGCCGGCAUCAGGUCGAAUCGCCGCACGAGGCCGCUCUCCCUUGCGGUGCAACCACUUAAUUAUCGUCGCCUCGAUCCGGACCCGAAAAUCGUCAUCGACAUCGUCAACAGCCAUCAUCCUAACAUGACUAGCCAGGAGAGCAUCGGCAGCUGCAGUCUGGACGUCGAUCAAUCCGCGUCCGACCGAUCAGAGAACACCGUAGACAGUAUAUCCAAGAAGGCGUUGCACAGUCUGAAUUUGUCUUGCAACGGUGACUCGGUUUCUUCGCCGGAGAAUCUGGCAAACGGUAGCAGUGAAACGCUGCAAAAGUCCAAUUUAACGCCAGAUGAGAAAUUAAACGUUAGCAAUGGUCAUCGAAGCAGCCCAGAACCAGAGCAGCUGACAGUGAAGAAACCGAGUUACUUGGGCCUGGCUUGUAGCAUCAGUGGCUAUUCGGGGAUUAAUAGAUACGACAGUAAACUCAGGGAAGGAUUUCGAUCGAGGGAUAGCAGCCCUGGGACCAGGUUGAUCACCAGAGAUACCAGCCCAGCAGGUUUCAGAUCAAACGAAAAUCUUAACGUGCCAGCGCACCCUUAUCCGCCUAAGAGUCAAUCGAUCUCGCCCUUAGCGAUGGAUAGACAAAAUGGUUUCUCGAACGGUCUGAAGGAGGAAUGUAAGGUGGAGGCUUACAGGGAGUCCAGAACCUCGAUAGGUAUAUGUCAGGGUUACUCCGAAGUUGACAAAGGCGUGUUGCAUACAGCGUUUCCUGAUAUAAGUCCGAUGCGAGCUUCUACACCUACGAAACGCAGUCCUGGAAUAUCGCAAAUUAUGUCUUGUAGUCAACAGAAUAAACAUUUCUCAGUGUCGACAUCGAAACAAACUACUGCUAAUCUUUCCACCACUUCGUUUAGCGAUACUAGUAUAUUAAACGGGACGACGGAGGAAGUAGAGAGCCAAGUGGUUAACAACACCACGAGCAGCGAGAAAUCAUUCAUUCAACAACGAGUAGAACGGCUCUACGGCCCCGGAGCUCUCGCUCAGGGAUUUUUCUUCAAACGCAGCACCAGCAGACACAACACCAGCGAUACCAGUUUCAAUAAGUCUAGUAACAAUAACGACGUGUCCACGGAAAAUGCGAAUACCGAAGAAUCCCUGAAGAAUUUACCAGUGUUGAGACAUUUGAGACCAGAGUUCCGAGCUCAACUUCCUGUGGUUAGCCCUAGAAGACCCACGGAUGGCUCGGAACAAAUUCUAAAGCCUCUGCAAAGGGUAACGCCGGUAUCGCGGAAAGUUGAGGCGAAACCAAAAAUACCUGCUGCCUCGAAUUUAGACGGGAGUCUAGCGGAUAGUAGCGCGCAAAAGUUGAAUUCUAGUGUGACCAGCAUCCCGGAUCAGCAGCCAGCUGCACCAAAAGUAGUCUUACCUGUCUUAGAACCGAGCGCCAGCUCGACAAACGUGGCGAAACAGGUUCAGGAGGCGGAGAAAACGGCCGAGGAGAAAGAUGGACAUUAUUUCAUGAAGUUGCUGAAACAGGAGACGGACAGGCUGCUCUCGUUAGCUGCAUCAGCGGAAGCGGAGUUGGCCGCUAGCGAUACUGUUGCACUUCCGGAAGAGGCAGCCGGAAAACUGCGCUCAGCUGCGGGUAAAGCAAGACUGUUGGCUUCGCAGAAAAUGCAACAAUUCGAGGGACUGUGUCAGAAAAAUAUCAAUCAGGUGCCUGGAGAGGAGUUCCCAACGACGAACGAGGAUCUGGCAGGCUUUUGGGACAUGGUGAUGCUGCAAGUGGUUCAAGUAAACGAGCUAUUCGAUCACAUAGAAAAGUUACGAAAAUCUCAAUGGCAAGAGACCGUGCCAGAGAAAAAGGUAGUCGCUUCAGCUCCGCAAAAUGGCAGCACGGCGAAACGCCGCGUCACGCCUAUUCACAAACCAAAAUCCACGGCUAAUAGCGAAGCAAACAAGAAGGCAAGGGAGGCGAGGGAACAGGCUCGAAGGCAACUGAUCGAGGAAAAGAGGCGAGCGAUGCGCUCGAAUGCGCAAAAUUCCGAGAAUACCGUGAAGAUCUUCGCCCCCGAUACGUAACGAUAAAAAGGGCGACGAAUCUGUCGAGCAAUUCGUAGCAGCGUUUCUGGUGACGCUUAUGCCUCGAGCCAAAUCAAACCGCGGUAUUUUUUAUGCAUUUUCUUAAACAACUCGAACCUCGAGCAGACUGACGAAUAAUUCUCGAAGGUUCUUAAUUGGCGAUUAAUACGAUGCUCGUUGUUGCGUUUGUGCCCACCAGGCCCAUGUUAUUAAUAGUUCGACGACAAUUAAGCGUCAUUCUGCUCGGUCUGGAGUUGGCUAUAAACAAUUACCGAUAUGCUUCGACUACAAUCAAACGCGCUUUAUAUCGUUGAUAGAGUUGUGCGCUGUGGAGCACCACGCGAGCAAUAAGAGCGACUCAUGGUAUAUAAUUGCUAAAUAUUUAGGGUGAUCGAUUUUUUUUAGACAUUGACAGUUGGAAAAUGCAAAAAGGAAAUGGAUCGAUCGGGGGAUUAUGUUUUUAACGAUUUUACGAUAUUUUAUUAUGGUGUUCUCGCCUCACGCUCUACACAUUCGUUUCACUUCGAUUUACACGCUGUGAUGUUUCGUGCUAAUCUUGUUACGUUUUAUAUCAAUUUACGCUGUCGUUCGAUUUGUACGAUAUUUAAUGUCCGCUCUAUGGACGGAAUAGCACAGUAACGUUGAGCAUCUUCAGCUCUUUGUUUCACGUUUCUUUUGUAAGAUACUACGUCGAGAGAAAAUCGAUGGAAGAAGUUAUUCGAUGAGGGGGAAAAAUGAAAACGAGCAAGCCAGAGUAAAUGACUGAAGAGAAAAUGAAUCGCGAAUAUGUUUCAAUUUUCGUGGCUGAAUAAACGGCAUAAGGAGACUGCCCCUUGCACGUAGAAAUUUUUCACGAGGAUGCUAAAACGAAGUUACUCGAGCAGGGCUGUCAGAUCAUGUUUCCGUAUUGCGUUUCUACGUUCGCGAGUAACUUAUAUUUAUACUAAUUGCAUGGUGAACGAUCGACGAUCGCUGGUGAACUGGAACAAUGAAUAGAAUGACGAUAGAAGAGUCCAUAAUUAAUCGUGGAAGUUAGUCACAACUUAGAGAACUUAAUAAGCCUGGUUCUAGGGUUUCUGAAGGCAGGAUAUACUCGAAACACAUUGGUUGCCUCGAACUAGGUGCAAUUCUUAUCGCGUAGUUCGUGUAUAUAAUAUUAACGAUCGUUUAAAAAAGAAAGAAAUGAUCAUUUGCUCGCCUAAUAAGUUCUGUUUGCAAAAUGUCGACGAACGAUCGAGAUCGGAAUAGGAUCGUGAGUCACGGAUCGAACCGGAAAGAUUCCUAUUAUUUUUAUUACCCGUAUGGUUUUUGUAAUGUCUUAUUGAUAUUGUUAUCUUAAAUCGAACGUUAUUUUGGUCGCGUUAACACCUCUCGCGAGGAAAUCGGUCCCGAAUGAUAUCGUAAUCGUGAAUUGAUUUUGCGAAUUACGUGAGAGACAAAAGGUGAAAAGAUUCGACAGAGUCCUACCGCGAAAUCGUCGUGUGGACCCACGUUUGUCUAAAGCUGACAUUCCCGUAGAGACGGUCUCGAGACACCCGAUAGUUUAAUUCCCAUGUUAAUUUUAAGGUGUAUCUGGUAGAUAAGCUGACGUUAGCAGGUGUAACUAGAGCUCGUCCAACCAAAUAACACGCGCUACCUAAUUGAAUACUCGGUAUGGCGAGUGUGUCGCGAUUUUCACGAUGGUACCGAUUAAUACGCUGGCGAAUUUCAAUUCCGGGCGCGUUGGAAGCAAAGGAGACGAAAAAACGUAAUAAAAUGGGAGAUGGAAAGAAAAUUUUUCGAAACGUCGUUCCGCUCGCAAAUAUGGAGGAACAGCCCGCGUUAUUUAUUGACUGUUAAUUCCCUUGGUGCCUUGAUUAUUUAUACGUGUGUACAUAAAAUCGACUGACAGCCGACGAUUCGACGCGAUAUCACGUUCGAUCGCUUGUAUCGCAGGCCGAUCGAAGGACAA